AUGGGUUUUCGUUUGCCGGCGAUGAUCCAAGGUUCCAGGCAACUUUUGAAACACCAUUCCAGUUUCUCUCGGAAACAAUCCGAUGUUCCCAAAGGACAUGUUGCCGUUUAUGUUGGAGAGGCGCAACGGAAACGUUUCGUCGUCCCGAUUUCGUAUUUGAACCAUCCUUCCUUCGCCGUACUGCUCAACCGUGCUGAGGAAGAGUUCGGUUUCGAUCAUCCGAAGGGCGGCCUCACGAUUCCGUGCAAAGAAGACGCUUUCAUCAGUCUAACGUCUAAGUUGCAUGCAUGCAGUCCUCAUGAAUGA